AUGGACCUCAGAAGCUGGAACACCUGGAAAGGUUUGAUGAAGCCAGCCGUGGACCUUUGGGAUCUCUCAAGUUUCUGGUCUUUAGCAACCAUCGGAGCCUUGGUCACGAUUUUCCGUCUUGUUCUAUCACCACAGGCUCAACAAGUGGUGAAGAUUGAGGAACGUUUCAUUCCUAACCGAGACAAUAAUGUCACCUUUGGUUAUACGCACACAUACAAUCGAGUUCUUGAUUAUCCCGACUUACGUGGUAUUCCUCAGGAUCCCAAAAUGCAGGCCGCCAUCCUCCAAGGACUCUACGACAUAAACACCCCGGCAACAUUUACCUGCCCCGUUGCAUGUGAAUGGAAGGGAUCGUAUGUGUCGUUGGGAUUCACUGCCGAAUUCAAAAAUGUUACACAGAAGACAUUGGAAUCAAAAACUUGUCGAACCUCGUUGUACAACGAAUAUUGCAACACGACGACGCCCGGAAAUAUAGGACUCUAUGCCCAAAAAGUCUUUACCUCCUUGGGUACUAGAUUUUACAUGAACGCGUCCCUCGCAGUCGAGUUUCCUGAAAUCUCCCGAUUUGGCAUAUACCAAGCAACUCCCGAUGUAAACUUCAACCAGUCCAACAUCAACAUCACGGAGUGUUCACUGUCAAUGGCUGCUUACAAGUACACGGGCGCAAAGUCAGAGAGCACAUCGUUUUUCUUCGCAAAGACGGAGAUGAUCCAGUUCAGUGGCAAUCGUUCCGGCCCUCAAAGCGACCAACACAAUAUCUUAGAGGGCAUGGAAUUCACCAACGGAGACAAAGCCAGUGAUUUACCUGCAUUUCGGAUGUCUUCGUAUGACUUAAACGCGUUGGGGCAAUUCUUUACGUCUGGGGCGUUUGUCACCUAUUGGGUCGACGGGUCCGGGACCAGCUUUGAUAAUAAGGUUUCCGGCCUUAGCGCCGCUGCGUUGGCGGGCGACAUAGACAUCGGAGAGCGAUUUAAAAAGAUGGCAGUCAGUAUGACGGAUUACCUGCGCUCGGGGCCAAACAACAAUUUGGCAGUGGGAUACAGGGUAGAUCAAAUACCCUACGUGUCAAUUCGGUGGUGGUUUUUCGCUGGCCCUGUUGCGAUCGAAGCUUUUGCACUGUUGUUCGCGGUGUUGACUAUCUUCAGCAACCGAGAAAGCAGCAGAGUCCUUUUGUGGAAGUCCUCCGCUCUUGCGGUCUUGGCAUGCGAGCACGAGAAGAAAUCAGAACUACUGAGGACUAAGGCCAAGGAUAUCAAAAAGAUUGAGAAAACGGCCAAGAACUUUUUGGUCAAGCUGGAGUAA